GUGGCACGGACCAACAAACACAUUGACGACAACAACUUCUACACACAAAUAUCAAGGAAGAGAUUGUUGCAAAAACCUGGGGCUCCCCAGCGAGAAGAAAUGUCGACCAUCCAAGUUAAAAAUAGCAUGUUGCUUCUGAAUGGCCAAAACCUCCGGCUGGCCGCUAAAAAUGGCCGCGUUUCAAAAACACCUGGUCUCCAUCUGUCAGCGAAACACGGAAAGGAGGCAGUGGGUCAGCUUACGGCCCCUCCGGUGACCCAGGAGGGCACCGCACAGUUGGACUCGUUGCUGCUCAAAACACCAAGGCCUGACUUAGAGAGACGCCCCCUGAAGCUCGCCCCGCUGGAUCUGCCAGAGGAGGUGAAGGAGGCCCAGAGGCAGAAACUUAAGUUUGGCCAGCAAGAAGCCAAACCUGCUUCCUGUAAACUGGACGUGACACUGAACGCAACAAGGAAGGGGAAGUCAAGUGUGAGACAGAGACCGAUAAAAGCUGCUCCGUGCCCCUCUGCUUCCACUCACACACUCAAAGCCCAGCAGCAACACAGAUCCCUGAGGCCCCAGACGAAACACCCCAGCCCUGCAGAGCAAACUGGAGACAGCCUUCUGAAGGACGUGGUGUGUCGAGGUACCCCCGCUCCCCUGUGCAGCAAACCCGCUCCUCCUGUACUUUCUCCCCGAGGUAAAGCUCAGGCCUCACGUGGUGGAGAGACCACACGUCUGAGCCCCAGCUCCCUCCAGCAGGAGACUGCAGGCAGGAGGCGACUGAGGCUGAGGAGAGUUCAGUGCCUGGAAGAGGAUCAGUGCAAUACAAACAUGUCAACAGGGGGAUUAUCUGCAGUUGAAGACAAGCUGGCCCAAGGUGUCCGAGGCACAGGGCAGCUGGGGGGGCAGCAGCUCGCUGGUAAAGGCAUCAAGGAGCCUCCUGCAGCCUCCUUGGAGAGGGGAAGCAUCAGGAAGGGCCAUCAGGAGGUCAGCACUCAGCAGGCUGGAGGAAGCACUCUCAACCGGCAGUCAGAUGAAGGUGGAGGCAGUGGACAUGCACCUGACAGCAUCAGGCCGAGUGCUUCUAACUGGAAAUCAAAGAGUCAAAAAGCCUUGAUCAAAAAGCAUACAGAUACAGUCGCUGUGGAGCAACUCUAACUGUGAUACACAAUCUGUCACGUCUGCACCUGAGGACAUAGUGAAUGACAGACUGAAGUCAAACAGUCUCAAAAAACUUUUUGAGUCAGUUUAUUACUCAUGUAUGAUUUAAUUUAUUGGGCAAGAAACAGUAAUAUGGACGAUAUAUUAACCAUAUAAUGUGAAUUAAUCCUUAAAUGUGCCAAUAUACUCAGUUUUUGUCCUUUUUUAUGAGCCAAAAUAUUUUAACUCUAUUAAAACCAUUCAUGUUUUUUUUUAUUACAAACCACAAUACGAACAAUAACAACAAAUAUCUCUGAAAUGUGACACUUCCUCAAAAACAAAUGCUAAUUGUUGUUUACAGUCAACACAAAGUGACCAACAAACUGACAAUAGGUAAAGCCAGCACACAUUCACACACACACACACACACACACACACACACACACACACACACACACACACACACACACACAUACAGACCCACAGAUCCUUAUGUUACCUUGUUGUUCAACUUUAUUGUUCUAUUUUAUUUUCCUGUAUUUAGUUUCUCAAGCUUGGGACAUUUCCUCAGGUUCCCUGUCAUCACUUUUCUAUCAGCAGAGACAGAAUCAACAUAUGUCUUUUUCAUUAGGAGUAAUGUCUCUGGUUGUUCCCUCUGGUAUUGCUCAAUUUCAUUUGCAGAUUUGCUGGAUUUCACCAAAAAAACUUUAACGCCAAAACACUCACAAAACGUUUGCGUCAGAUCAAGUUGCCUUUUUUGGUUUUGUAUUUCAUGCACUUCAAUUUUAAUGUAUUUGAUACAUUGAACUGUAACAACGUAUUGCUAAUGGACAUUUAAGGGUUUUCUCAGUAAUAGAACAAUUCAGAUCUCCCUGUUUUAAAAGUACAACACUGAUGGACAGUUUCACUAUUUAGAUUGUGGGGUUGAAUAAACUGUAGAACGUUCUAUGCUUUAUAUUUCAAAUUUUGUGAUUGGACAGUUGUUAUUCUUCUCAUACUACUCGCAUGUCAUAUUCUGUAUAUCUUUCCUGAAAUUGGUAAUAUAAAACACUACCUUAAAUCCCCAUUUCAAGCCUUUACAUCCAGUUAAUAUACACGUGAUUGACUUACAACCCAAUAUAGUGUAGUUGUAAACAGGAAAAAGGGUUUAUUAAUGUAUUUAGCAAGAACCAUAACUCCCAUUGUGGACAGUCAGUGGUGGACGCUGGUGUGCAAACAGAUGAUGAAUGAUAACUUAGUAAAACACAAAAUAAAAUGUGUCCUCCUGGGAGAAGUUAUAGCUGUAGAAAAACACAGUGCUCUGUCGAACAAAUGUCUUUACAUCUGCAGCUACAAGGUUCUAGAAAAUAUGGUAUUAAUGUUUGUAUUGCAAUGUUUCAGAUCUUUACGACUGUGUCAAAUGAAAGGCUCUGUAUAGUGGACUGCUGAGGAAAGCAGCAGCAGCAGCGCAGCAGAGGAA